CUGGCGCCAAACAGAACCUUGAAGGUCCCGGCUCCAUGGCACAGCGGCGGUUGGCUGAGGCCUUGCAGCUUUCGCGUGACCUGGUGAUUGUGGAGUGCUGCCAGGACCCGGCCGAGUGGCUGGAGGAGGGGUCUUGCUCCCCCACUAGCCUGGCUGCGCCACACCGAGUCCCCCUCCGCAGAGACAGCCACGGGAUCUACAGCCUCUGCUUUGCCCCUGAUGGGGGGCAGCUGGCCGCCGGUUUUGGAAAUGGUUCCGUGCAGCUGGUGGACACGAUGACGGGCUUGCCGGGCCCCUCCUUCUUCCCGGGGCACCACGUGCGCCAUGCCAUCACGGCCGUGCGCUUCCAUCGGCUGAAGCCAGAGCUGCUGCUGGCUGCCGGAGCAGAUGGCACGAUCUCUGUCUACAGCUCGCCAUCUCCACACCCCGUGGCUUCCUUGACGGAAAAGGCGAAUGAGAUCAAUGCCCUGGACGUCUGCCGGGACGGCAGUGCUUUUGCUACCGCAGGCAAAGACCGACACAUCCGGCUGUACGACAGCCACACCCACCAGCUCUUCCACGUCAUGGAAGCCCCCGACUUCAUGGCCGGGGACGAGUUCACGCCCCACAGUGGCCAUUCCCGGCGGAUCUUUGCCUUGUGCUUCCACCCCACGGAACUGCAUCUCUUCCUGACAGGGGGCUGGGACAACUCUGUCAAAGUGUGGGACAAACGCGUGAACAAGGGGGCGCAAGGCAUGCUCAAUGGCCCUCACAUCUGUGGCCCGGGCAUUGACGUCAAGGGAAAUCAGGUCCUGACAGGUUCAUGGGUCCCCCGCAACGCCCUCCAGCUGUGGGACUUGCGCAAGACUCGGCUGUGGCAGAACCUGCCCUUUCCCGGGAGCCCUACCCAGGGGGAAUUCCUGUACUCGGCCCGCUUCUGCGCAGGGAAUGUGGUGAUAGCGGGUGGCAGCGGCACCUGUGGAGCCAGCCUUCUGCAUGUCGGCACAGGUCAGGUGGUCGGGGAGAUCCACCUGCCCAACAAGCCUGCCCACGUGGUGGCGUCAGCACCUGGAGGACAGUUGGUGGCUGUGGCUGGCGCAGGAGGAAACCUGCACUUUGCGGAGCUGAACUGAACCGAGGCCUCCGGUCAGAGAACGGGGCAGCUCGGCGGAGGGCGGGGUGGGUGUGAGCAG